AUGACUGAAUUGUCGCACGAAGAGUUCAAGAAGAGUCUUUUGCAAACAUUUCAAAGUCGUGGAGUAUUGGAGACCCUGAAGGUAGUUGAAGUCUAAAUAUUUUCUUACGUUUUAUUUGCACACUUUAAAAACUUCGUUUUUAAAAAAGUAGAGGGUGCCAAUGGGGUAUAGCUAAUUUUACAGUCAAGUCUCCAGCUUUCAGACCCAAUCUCUAGCUCUCCAGCCGAGCAAGCAAAAUCUCCAGCUGAACUCGGGUUAACAAUUUUUGAAAUAAAUACAUCACAGUAAAGAAAGGAAGGUGCUUUAUUCCAGUGCUACUAGCACAAAGUGAUUCUUAACAGUGUCCUGUACGCAAAAUAAAUGCUCAAACUCGCACCACAGCCAUAUCCUCUCCACCCAAUUAUUACAUUUAUACUACUACAUGAGAAAUUUCUGCAAUUUGAUUGGCUUAGAGCAGUGGUAUUUCAGCUUAAUUUGAAAUACCUACAUGUGAAAAUUACAAACCUUUUGUACAUUAAUUUAUCGUGAAUGUAAAGUGCAGAAUGGAUUGAUCUGAUACAUGGGAAACCCUAUAUCUGCUUGUCGUUUAAUUUCGUGAAACAAUAUUCUGACGAUAGAACAUGUUUAACUUCGGUGAAUAUACAGGAAUAUGUCACCUCCCUCUGACUUCUCUGAAAGAGUUAAAAUUUUUCCCUUACUUACGGGGAAAAGAAUUAAUUUUCCUGGCAUGGUUGCACAUGUCACACACUGAAUUGUGAGGAGGUCCGAAAUACAGAUGUUCUUUUCGAAACAGGAUCGAAAAUAGGAGGCCAGCAAUAAUACAGACAGCUGUGUUUAUGUAUGAAGCUGCUAUACAUAGAUAUAUAUUUUACUUGGGAUGGUUUUGAGGAAGUAAAUGUAAUGUGGAUUGUAAAUGAAAAUUUUGUUCAGUAAGGAUUUUGUUCACAAAUGUAAUGCUUCCCUACAUGUCACACAUUGUUGGUGUUCUAAGGCUUACUGUAAAACCCAUUGUUGCUCAUGGUGUAAAAGCUGAUCGGCUGUCCUCAGUCCAUUGGAAAGAUAUUCUUGACGUGCAUUGUACAGAUCAUGUAACUCUUGCUGUCUAUCGUUGCUGUCUAUCGUAUGCCUGAUCUCCUCAUCUCUUUUUGAAACAUCGGCAGUCGGUGUUCCCACUUGUCAUCGGUUUUGCUUGCAGUGUAAUUUUAGUAUAUUGUUGCUGCCUCUGAACAUGUUUGUGGUCACUGUCUUGAAGAGGUUACGUUAACUCCAUUGGCACCCUCAUAGUAUAAGCCCUGUUCAAUCAAACAUCAUUCUGUCCUAUCCUCUUCUGUGAUAUAUGGCUUAUAUAUUGUGGUUAUAUAAUCACAGUGAGUUAUAAUGCAAGGUAAUAGCUGCUCCUGAUGUUUAUGACCUGACAGCCUUAGCUAGGGUACAGUGGGUGAUAUCAUUUAUCUAACUUUGGGCUCAUACUCUGUGUAAAAAGUUGUGAACCUCACGAGUGAUGUAAAACAAUAUUAAUACAAAGAAGCCAGUGAGAAGUCAACACAACAGGGCCAAGGAAAAUAAUAGCUUGAAAACAAAGAAAAACUUCACAGGUUUUACACCGAGGAUUUUUUGAAGGGAAAAGGGGGGGAUGGUAAAACUUUCUGAAGGCAGGAAGGAGCGAUGCCAAUUCUUUUUAGAUGCAAUUGAAAGAUUAAGUUCCUUCAUCAUUGAACUAGAAAAUAAGGAACUUCACUUCUGUAAUGGUUUAUCAAUAAAGUUACAAAUACUCGUAAUCUUUCAAUGGCAUCUAAAAAAAAUUUGCAUUCCCUCUUCCUGCCUUCAGAAAUUUUUACCAUCCCCCCCUUUUCCCUUCAAAAAAAAAAAUCCUCUGGCCUCCCUCCUAUGGUAUACAUAAACUGUCAUGUCCUUUACUUUGUGCAGUAACCAGCUCUAUCUACACUAUCAUUAUUACCGUUAAUUUUAUCCUGCUUUUAUAACAUCACAGAUUGUUUUCAUUCUCAUUAUCAUCAUUGUUAUCAUUAUCAUUUAUCAUUAUCAUCAUCACCACCAUCAUUAGUCCCCAGUCACUUGAAUCACUUUUUGGAGGAUAUUGGAGUCAACUUUUCAGUUCUUGCUUUUCUUCAGCUUUCACGCUUCUUGCUUGUUCUGUGCUCCCCACUAAGCCUUGGGAAAGCCUGUGGAGGAGGCAGCUGCUCAGGAACAGCUUUCACCAUUUUUUCUUUUGAGAUAGCUCACGUUUUUUACUAUGAUUAAAUUGACCUGUCAAUCGACAAUGAUGUUGAGUACUAUCUAGUACAUCGAUGAAUUGGUAAACUUACCGAUGAUCAGUUUCUAUCUAUUAUUAUUUCUAUCUGGAUUAGAAAGUUGCAAAGCUAAUUCAAAAGUAAUUGCCAACAGAAGAAUUACAAAACAUCAUGCUUCAGUUCAAAGACUUACUUAUCGCAAGAAAAGCAAGAUGGAUUGUAUGAGGCCCCAAAGAAUAAUCAGAUCAUGUACCUUUUGGGGGACUGUUGAUUGAUGUAUCGGCCGAUAUCUCGGUCGACUGUCAACAGAUAUAUUGGCCACUAUGUCGGCCGAUACUUGGUUGACUCGCGGCCCACAGUCAUCCGAGUAUCGACCCAGAGGUGUUUUCCUGUUGGUCGAGUAUCCGUGGACAGAUCGACCAACAGCCGGUCGAGAUAGCAUCGGUAGUGUCUGCAAUAUAUUGGUGAAUCAUUGUUUGAGUAUCAGUGAUGUAUCGGUCGACAAUUGCUAUUGUUUUUACCCAAUGCUUUGCCCUUUGUUACAAGAUAGUCAGCUGACAUGCAGUGGACACUACAGUAAUUCUUGUUACGCAUAUCAGUUUUGGCCGUCUGUCGACCAAAAGACUGUAGCAGUCAAGGAUCAAGAGAUUGUUCUGUUCUCGAAACUGAGGCUGGUUGCCCAGAACAAUCUAUUGAUCCGCGGUCAAGUGCCGGCCACAUAUCAGUCAAGAUGCGCUGACUUUGACUGACAGUCGGCUGAUACUAGACCGCAACUUGACCGAUGCAUUGACUGACAUUUCAAACAAGGUAUUGGCCGUUACAUCAGCUAAGUGUCUGUGAUAUGUUGAUGAUCUGUUGGCAAAGUAAAUGGCCAACUAUGGCCGGCUAUUUAACAAUUAUUCCUUGAGCCCGAAUGGGCUCUGAGUCAAUAGCCCAAUUAGCUGGUCAAAAAAUUAAUAUCGAGACAAAACAACUUUAGCUGGUUAAAGCUAGAGUUUAAUCCUUUUUUUGCCACCAAAAAGCCGGUGCUUACACUACUAGUGUGCUAUAACAUAUAGCCUAGUAGUAGCUCAACCAAUCAGAAUGCAGCAUUGAUAAUAGACCACUAGUUGGAUUUUACUAAUGACGAAUAGACUGUAGCAACUGAGUGUCGCUGCAUAUCGGUCGAUACUCAGUCCACUGUCGACCGACUUUUGACCGACAUCUCGGUCGACAGUCGACCGAGAUGUCGGCCGAGAUGUCGGCCAAUACAUCAAUCGACAGUCCCCCAAAAGAUACAUGAUCUGAAUAAUCUUGUCUGAUCGCAUGAGUGACAGUGGUGACCAUAGUUGCUGUAGCUUCAGCAGGGUGCAAAGAAAAUCCUUUUUACAGCUUGCCAUUCGGGUAAGCUCAAGCUAGCAUUUACUAGCCCAGACGUCAUUUCAACUAGCCCCAAAAGCUUUUUGACAAGCAGAAUUGAUCUCAUAGUUCUCCUGUUAUUGAAAUAUCUCAGAAAACAUCACUUGCCCGUUGGGCAAGUUAAAAACAGAAUUCACUAGCCCAAUAGCAAAAUCCACUAGCCCCAUGCUAUCGGACACUACUUUCUUUGCACGCUCCUUCAGUUUAAGCUACAAGUCUUUCAUUAGUAAUGUUUAGAUCUGUUGAUCACUGUCGGUGAGACUAACAUCCUGCAAACAAGUCUUCAUAUUACUUAAUUCUUUAGAAAGCUAAAGCUUGAAGUAAAAUUAAUCCAGCUGAAUGCACUGAAGUACUAGUAACUCUAAAGUUAAAUAAAGACACUAGAGGGGAAGUACUCGACCAAUAUUUGGGUAUAGGUAAGCCACUGAGGGUUUGAAACCUGACCCAGUUUAGGACAAAAAAUCCUUUAAUGCAUGCCCUGUUUAGGACAACACCCUCAAUUCUAUUACAUUCUUUAGGAUAAAGGACAAAGUGCAUGCCAUCUUGAUUUAAAGCCAUUUAGUGGCAAUUGCAAUGGAGCAGAUUUCACAUUAUUUUACUGUUGUUGCUUCUGUAUACUUUGAGUGCAAACAAAUUUUAUCAAGCAAAUCAGAUCAGGCAAUACCCUGCUAAUAAUUAGGAUAGACUUGCACAAAAUUAUAUACCCUUUUUAUUUGUAGAACUGUUGCCAUUUUUUUUUUACUUUGAAAUUUUUUCUUCUUUAUCCUCACAUACGUUAAAGUUGAUGGUAGCUUUGCUUUGUAAUACGCUCCACCAUCUCAACAUCUCUGCGCAAACUGCAGUUGAUUUCCCACGGAAGAGCUAAAUCGGCGCAUAUGAUGAUGAAUUUGUACACGCACAUCACCCAAGCUUUCCGAGACAACAAUCUCUUCACCAAAGCCUUCUAAUCUUAUGCCUGCUCAAGGUCGAGAAUGCGCACGAUAACUCCACCGACAGAAUAAUUUUAGGUCAUUUCGCCAUUUCGUUUUUAAACACGCCCGCCUGGUGGCAAAGGAAUAAUGGGAUUUCUCUAAAAAAGAAAGCUAGUGGAUAGGCACUUUUUUUGAAUGAUUUCUUUACAAUUUAUUACCCUCCCUCAGGGAUAGGUUGGAUUUCUUCAUUCAAAUAUUAUUAUAAACUUAAUAAAUGAAACAUCAGAUAUUGUUUAAACACAAAUUUGGUUUGUUUUGAUACAUGUUUUAAACAAAGUUAGGGAUAUUUACGUAAUUCAUUGCAUUGCACAUUUUCUUAUAAUAAUAUUUGUUAUAGAAUAGAAUUGAUACCUUCAUUUCAAUGUAAAAACUGCUAUCCAUAGAGGCCCUAUGUAAUAAAUGAAAAUGUUACUUUGUUAUGUAGUAGAACUUAAAAAAAAAAAAAAACUAAAACCAGAACAAACAUCUUACAGUUUUCGUACUCCAGAUUUCUUUUUUGAAUCCCAGCAAGACUAAAUUUUUCAGGCUUUCUUCUCUUAUCUGCCUAAGUUGAGUCUAUAACUGUGAGGAUCUCCCUUGCAUUUAUUUCUUUAGACUGCAUAUUCAAUAUUAUAUUUUUUUCAUGUAUAUAUUAUUUCAUUUUCAUCUCUCUUGGCAAUGCGAUGAACCAAAUUAAUAACCAGCUCCCAGUUUGCUUGCUAGCUGGCUCAAUUGGUUAGAAAGCUACACUUUUGCAGAGGACAGGGUUCAAAUUCUGGCAAUGUUCAAUUUUUGCAAACUGGAGUCUAUGACUGCGAGGAUCUCCUUUGCAUUUUCUUUACUCCCCAGUUCCAAUACUGUUAACUUGCGCAUAUCCCCCAAUUAUAAUCCCCCCUAGUUAUUAUAGGCCCAUCAACUUGUAAAUCGAGAAAUACAUAUGGUUAUAAGCCCCCCCCCACCCCUCCUAUAAGCCCCCCUCUAGCUUGUAUUGAAAUAAAUUUGACUUUUUAAGGCAUUUUGAAUUUUAAAAAGUGAGUUAAUUCCAAAGGAAUUUUUUAAUCAGCACUGCUAUGUAGCUUGUUUUGAAACGCCAUGUUUAGUCGGGUUAUAGACCUCCCAAAACCCCUUGCAAAAGUGUAUAAGCCUAGGGUUUAUAAGCAGAUGUUUAUUGGUCACGCUUGCGUAAUCAGUGAGACUCGUUUUUCUUCAUGUUUAUGACACAAAAGGGGGGUCAUUGUACAAGGUGUUCGUAGCGGAGACCUGGAAACUGGGAAUAAGAAUCAUUGCGUGACUGAAGCCAUGCAUGUUUUGCAAAGAAAGCUUAGGAAAUAUUAAAUUUAGAGCUUUUCCGAAACGUGUUGGUCCACGAAUUCUAUCGCUUGAAAGCGUUGAUUACUAUGGAACACGUGAACACAACUGAGUGGUCAAAAAAAUAGAAAUUUUGAUUAGCAAAACUGCGGUGGUCGGGUGUAAUUGUUAACUUUCGUUGUAUGCAAAUGGGUCUUGUGAUGAGCAUUUUUGUGUAUUUGUAAUGCCAAUAAAAAGUAAAUAUCCUGAAGAAUACUGGAUGUCGCUAAAGUAGGAAUUAAAUAAAAAACCUUAAACAAGUAAAUCCUGUUUCAUGUAUAAUUAUUAAUCGCCUCCUCAUUUCUAAUUCCAAGCAAGCAAGACUGAAUGUAAGAGUGUUCUUGUUGUAAGUGAAAUACAAAUAUUCAUCAAUUCAAUAUUUAUUUUUUUCUUCUUUUUUAAGUCUCAGCUUAGAAAUCGUCUGAUAGCAGAGCUUCAGGAGACGUCUGCACAUGCAUUGCAUGGUGGUUUAACAGGACAAGAUAAAUCAACAGUUACAGAGAACUUGUGUGAGCUUGCAGCUAACAGCUUGGUUGCUGACCAUUUAAAGAGAUGUAAAUAUGAAUAUUCUUUAUCUGUGUUCCUUCCGGAAAGUGGUUUACAAGAAAGCAAGGUAAACACUCUUAACUUAUUCUAAAAUCUUAUUAAAGAACAUCAUUUUUUUUCUACAAACAAAGAUAUGUUUUCAUUGUGACAGGUGCUAACAGUGAAGGAUAUCCUUCUCAUAUUGAAGAUCACUGCUGGUUCACAACUCUACCAGCACAUGGUGAAUGCCUUACUUGUUUAUGUCAUAUUAUUAUAUAGUCCUAAACAGGAGCCGAUUACCUCCUAAAUAAUAAAUACAGCUGUAUUAAUAAAAAUAAUAACAAUGCAGAAAUCUAAAAAUGAUAGAAAAUAAUGUAAUAAUAUUGUUGUUUGUGAAAGGUUUGAACCCAGGAGUCAUUUCAAAAGUAGGUUGAGUUUGAUCGUCCUGGUGAACGUAGUCCUGAAUAGGAAUGUUGUUGUUGACAGUGACUGACGUUUCGACAACCUGUGCGGUAGUCAUCUUCAGAGUCAAAGUGAGUUGUAUCACGUCAGUUGAUGGCCUUGUACUCUGGUUAUUGAUCUGAUUGGUCAAUUACGUAGUGAUGUUAUUAAAACUGUAAACACUGUAAACUGUUAAAACUGUAACUUGUCCGGGGUUCCUUAAGCUUUUAAGUUAAUAGGACUGACUAUAAUUUUUCAUUAUGUUUUGUUUCGAGGAAAUGAUGUUGGACAAGAAUACACCAUCAAAAGGUAUUUUACAUUACUUAAUCAUUUGUUUUAACAAUAACUGAAUAAAAAUAGUUUGGUUAUCUUUGUUUAAUAUAGUAAUGAAUUUAAUUUUGUUUAAUAUAGUAAUGAAUUUAUCUAAAAUAUAACAAUCCUCAUACUUCAUUGGGAGCAAUGACAACUAAUGCACGGCAGAUUUGUUUUAUCAUCAGAAUAAAACACUCUAAAAUUAGAAAAAAAAAUCUAGCUCAGUUUAGAUUUAAAAUGUAUAGUCAAGAUACUCUUUAUCAUAAUGACUGAGGAAGAAUAGACACACACAACUGAAAUUCAGUGGUUUGAGGGACAGCAACAAGUGGUGUUUGGGACUAAACAUUAAUUUUUCACUUUAGUUAAAAUAGUUAUUGUUUGCUUUAUUCAAGUGUUUCCCUUAAGGAUCUUCUUUUUAAAAUAUUUGCAGGUUUACUUACAGAGUUAUUAAGUCAUCUGGCAUGGUCACACAGUUGUGAAAAGAAUUCAAAAGCAGUUCAAACAAUCUUACAGGGACAAUCCUCAAUGGGUAGGUCAGAUUUCUAGAAAAUAAAAAUUUAAGAUUUAUUACCAGAACAAGAAAAUGAUGUGAUAUGGAAUGGUGCAGUGGUGAGUGUUUGUUUAUCAACACAACCCUUCAUAAUCAAGUUAAGUAUCAUGUCAUGCAAUAAUUCUCUUGCAGUUGUCCCUAAGGAAGGGGGCAGGGGUAAUCUAGGCUACAGUGCUUCAAUGGUGAUCUACAGUUAAGCUGUUUAUUAUGUUUAUACUUUCUUAAAUAUUUAUUGUACUUUCAUUUUAGUUGUAAUUAAUAGUCUUACUAAAGUAAAGCUCAAAGCAUCCCUUAUCUCUUCUUUGUAGAAUUCCUUUCUUUAAAACAUUUGCCUGUUCCUUCAUUGCAGUCCAGGAUAUGAACAGUUGCUUUUUCAGGGCUAGACAUUAUUAAUGGCUGCUCGAUUGCCCGGGGCAACUAAAAAUUUCAUCUGGGCAAUAAGUUAAGGAUCCCAGUUGCCCAAUCAGGCAACUGAAAUUUCUGUGAAAGUUGUAGGUUAACAUGACUCAGUAUUUUUCUAUCAAGUCUAUCUUUUAAACCAUCAAAACUGUUUUUAUGGUUGUGAAGGUUUGUAUUUAUGUGCGUCGUGCGUGACUGCAUAAAUUAAAGAGAUUGAAAUAAUGAUAUUGAAUAGCCACCGCAAUUCAUUCUCAAAAACUGGAAUUUUUUUUGUGAGCCUUUCAAAAGUUACUACAAAACGUGCAGGAAAAAAUAGGUAGGCAGAUAAUGCUGAAUAAAUGAUAAGAAACCUCCGAGUGUACCUUUUGUGUUCGUAGCAAGAUAGAAAAUGCUACAAACUUGCAAAAGUAAUGUCACUUGUAAUUUGAAACCUCCUGCUUUUCCACAGAUCGCGACUUUUUAUCAGUUUUUACUUCAUGCAAUUUAGCUACCUAACGCUUCUAAUGCUGGGGGAAAAUUCAUAAUUUUGGUGUCAAAGCUUUUUUGAGGACUGUUAUAAAUUAUAAAUUCAUUCAAGGCCAUUUUCAGACGAGAAACUUCAACUGCACUGCAGCGAAAGUCACAGUAAGUGAAUUUCAAGACAAAAGUGCUUCUUUGUUUACCUUUUGUUGGCAGAAAUAUUUUUUUGCCUACUGCUGACAACUAAACGUUUUCUGUUUUCGUUUCCAAAGGGCAGAAUGACCAGGGUUUGUUGUUUGUUCACUGGAAGUUAGCCUGAGAAUGAUAAGUGUUAGGUGCCUGUUUGGGCUCCCCAUUUGAAAUUUUGGUCGCCCAAUGGUAAAAGCGUAUGUAGGUGCCCAUUAGGCAGCAGCCUUGUGAGUUCCAAUCUAUUUCAAUUUGGCGAGUAAGUGUGUAAAAAUAUUUGUAUAGAAUAUCAUCCUCAUUUAUCCCCUAAUAACUUUGAACGUGAAUUUAAGGAUGUUAAGAAUAUUAAGUUUUGGCAGAUUUAGCUGUAUUUAAUUUGUUUGUAUGGAAUGUUUUGGGCAACCAACUUAAAAAAUUCAUGUCGACCUCUGUUUUUUUCUCUUGGAGAUACUUUUCAAAACAUGUUCUGCCAUUCUGCUGCCAAAACACCUGAGCCACCUUGUCAUUGUCUUUGCCUGAUGUCAGUGGUUCCUGUUUUAUGCCCAAAAAUAAAUUAAAGCAAACGUCUUUGGUUACAACUACUAGGUAGUUAUGAAGAAUUAGUUUUGAAUGAGUGGAUAAACUAAACCAGCUAGUCUGUUCUUUGAAAUCGAGGUGUAGACUAAGUACUACACAUAGUUAAAUAACUGUCAAAAUCAGAAAAUCGUGAACAUGUCAAAUAUUUCAGAAAUGUUGAUUGCUAGUGGACCAGUCACAAGAAAGACCAGGACACAUAAUAAGCUCACCACAGAACCACAACACUGUUAGCAUUGUUGCCCAGGGUAUAGUUUUCUCAAGCUUUAUUGGCUUUUUCCAAGGAAUACAGUAGCUGACAUUCCAGAAAUACCUUUGCCAUUCAUGUUAAUUUAUUUUUUUUCAGUUUCACAGUAACAAAUUAUAAUGAAAUUCAUUUGGGAAUUGAGUAAUUUUAAUUUUCGGUGGACAAAAACCUUGUACUAGAAGGCAUAUUACAAUUCUUUUUCACACUUUUCAAUGGCUAUAAAUGUAAUAAGUUGUAUCAAAUAACGAGGUCCAAAGAAAAGGUUUUUAUUGGAGCCCAAGAAAACAAACUUUAAAAGCCUCAAAUUUCACAAAAUAAAAUCUUAUGCAUGACGAUUUUAUCUGUGUUUUCUCAAUUCCUAUGAAAUUUGAAAUUUAUUUUCUUGGACUCCUGUUAGAAAUUGUCUUUGGUGUUAUUACAGGUAAUUAAAGCCCUUGAAAAGUGUAAAAAAGAAUGUGAUAUGGAUUAAAAUAUUCUGGUAAAAGAUUUUUUCCUCUGAAAAUUAAAAUUACUCAAUUUCCUAAUGGAUUCUGUCUUAUACCGUUAUUGUAAGUGCAGUGAGAUUUUUUAAAUGUGCCAUAAGAACCUUUUUGUUAUCAGCUGUAUCAUUGUUAUCAUUAUUAUUAUUAUUAUUAUUAUUAAUAUUAUUAUUGUUAUUGUUAUUAUAAUAAUAGCAAAGUUAUAUGUUUCUGUUGGUAGAAGAUCAACUUCAAAAUGUUGAAAAGCAGUAUACAAAGAAUCUUCAGAGAGAAAACCAGAAAUGGAGUUCACACAUGGAAAAUCGUUUGUUGGAAUUACACAGGCAGUGGGAACAGAAAAAGAAGAAAAUGUUGGAUGAGGAGGUGAUGGACCAGUGCUUAAUAAGACAUUGAUUCAUGUAUAUACUCUGAAGUUGUAAUUUAAGCUUAGCUACUAUCCAUGAGCUUAAUUUUGAAGUAUUUCAAAAAAAGGGACACGUACCAGGAUUCUGUUUGGUCCGUGAAGUAGGGGUGAGAAUUCUUAGGUCAGAGGUUGGGUCUUAAAUUAUAUGACCCCCCCAUUGCGUGGAUGUUAAAAAAAAUUAUUGAAUGUACUGACAAUGAUACAGAUGAAAUAAUGACAUCUGAUCCUCACAGAACUUUUGGCUUGCCCCUUGAUCCCUCCCCGGCCUGAAAAUCUCAAUUCCUAGAUAUGUUUACUUGUAAUGGUUUUUGAUAGUAUUCCUUCCACAAGUUUUUUUUGACAUUUGCCUUAGUUAACUGAUGAAAGUGUGCUAUUAACAGCUUAAGUACCUAAAGGCUACAGAAAUAGCUCGAGUGAGGCUUGAGGAGAAAGAAAAACAUCAAAGGGAAGUCCAAAAUGUCAGAAAACAGGUGACUACUUAUUUUGUAUUGUGGUGCGGUGAGGGAAAAUAAGAGGCUGAAUUGUAGCAAUAGACUGCUAAGGAGUAGUGAUUUGACUCCAAAUUGUGUAUUGUUCAAUUCAAUGUAGAUGUUAGAGGUCAAAAUUAAAUUCUGGUUAAAAUUUUUUAUCUUAGGUUGAUUCUCAAUUUCGUUUGUCUGCUAGCCCAGAUUCAUGAAUAAUUAGGGCUAGGAGACAAAGGAAAUUGAGAAUCAACCUAGGUUAAAAAAUUUUAACCUGAAUUUAAUUUUGACCUGUAACAUAGACAUAAAGUAUUAGGAAGGAGAAGCAACAUCUGACAGUGUAACUGUACGUGUAACGUCUGUCAGUGCACUCUUUCAUAGAGCCAAUACCAGAAGGCUCUUAUUUACACAAAGCAUUAAGAAUAUCAACAAACAUGCUAGCAAGAAACCUCCCCUUGUGGCCAACUCACCCUGUGUGGCAAGAGGUUACAAAUGUACCUUCGCUCAUAAUUUAUUGCCCUCUCAAAAGAAACUCAGCUUGAUGUCUCCAGUAAGCUCACCUGGACAAAACCAGUCAGAAGCCUGGCAUUUUGUAAUUGGAUAGUUGUAAUGACAUAGGAGCUGGCUGCAAAAACUACUACUCAUCUGGGUAUGUUAGUGAUGUAUGGGCUUCUCAUUAAUCAGUGAUCCAUAAUGUAUGAGAGGAUCCCCAGCAGCAUGCUAAACUCUUCAUACUUGGCUGCAGCCAUCUCCACCACCUCAAGGCAAACUACAAGUAUCCUUUUAUAAUAGUCCUAUUGCAUCUACUCCUUGUCUAAUAGUUAGAAUGCUGGAACCUCUGUGUUAUGUACAAAUUGUUAAAUGGUCUCGUUAGUUAAUUUUAUAAUCUCACUUUUAUGGGUGCACUUGAAAUUUGAGCCUCAUUUCCCUGUGGUUUGUUACCUCCUUGUUAAGGAAGUUAAACUUAAAUAAUAGCAGCUCUAUGGACCCAUCCAUUACUUGCGAUUAGGCAAUUCUCAAGUUCUGAAUGAAAAACCACGGAAAGGAAAUAUAUUCUUCCCGACAAACUAAACAGGGACUUUUGCACAUAGUGUGUUUGCAUCUUGAAGACAGUUUACCCUUCCACUUCUAUAUCAUUCUGGGGUUGUUUAAAAUGCCAUAGUGCUUAAAAAUGCUCUUUAUAAUUGUGUUAUCCGGCAUUGAAAAACUAAAAAUUAACACUGUUCAGACAGCUGUAGAAGUAGCUAGAAGUCACUGAUACCCGUCUGAAUUCAUUAGCCUACAUAGCAGGUGCUUGGAAUAAGUAUGCAACAAAGACCCUUGCGCGCCCUGUUCUUUCUUGUGCCCAUUACUUCCAAGCGCUAGCCUGCAUAGCAUGCGUUUCGAACCUUCGCGCAAUAACUCGAGUGGAAACGCUUGCUACGCAGGUUAUCCAAGCGCCUGCUCCGCGGGCUAUGAAUUUAUUUGCUAGAGCCAGUCUUUCAAGCAUAGCUGAAAAAAUGUGCUAUUUUGAUAAAGGAUGUGUACUGUGGCUUUAAUAGUAAAGUUAAGUAAAAGCUUUAUUAAUGUGUCAAUGUAUUUAGUUUUCACAACUAAUUGGGACACAAAAAUAAAAAUUAUUUACAAAUAAGAAAUAAUAAUAAUGUAUAUACAAUUAAAAUAUGUGGCAUGUAUACAUUGUAUAAUAAAACAAUAGUUAUGUAAAAGGUAGUCUUUAAUCCAUUAGGAACGUAUUUUAUACAAAAUGUGACAUGAUCAGAAUUCUCUGACAUUUCGUUUCAGCUUGAGCAAGAGUUUUCUGCAAAAGCAGAAAAACUGAAGGUCAAUGAAAGAGAAAAGCUUCAUCUUCUGAGCAACCAAAAACAGGUGCGCUUUUAAUGAUUGGGUUACUUGACAUGUGUUUGGCACACAUGAUUUAUCAGGAUCAGUAAACGUGAAGGAUCUUUAAAAUGUCGAGAAUUGUUGCUCCAUUUGUUAGAAAAAUGAGGAGAUCAAUUCUUCAUUUAUGCCUAUUAUUAUAGCCGUUUUGCCUCGCAGCAAGGUCUGAAUAAACAGGCCGUUCAUGCUCUCCAGUGACGUCACUACCCAAAAACCGGGUAGUGACUUUGGGUGCGUUCCUUUGGAAUGGUCCGGAUCAGGAUCAGUUAUCCGAGAUCACUCGGAUCAUGGUAGAUCAAGUGAACCGAUGAAUCCUUGUCCAGAGUGGAUUCAUCGGUUUAUUUGAUCUAGUAUGAUCCGAGUGAUCUCGGAUCAUUGAUCCUGAUCCGGAUCAUUUCAAAGGAACGCACCCUUUGAUUGGUUGAUUGUCCAAACUUUUGCAUAAUUAUGAGAAAUUUUAGCUAGACUGUCGUCUGUUAUUCAGCGGCUUGCGUCCGCCCAGGCUCGCAUGCCUGGCAUCAGUGCUUGCGUUCAAAAAUUUUGACAAUCUUUAUCGUAAACAGCAAGGUUACCUUUGUCUUCGAAACUAUGAAUUGUUAAAUUGAACUACGAAUGAAGAAUCAUUGUGGAGAGUAGGUAGGUUUUUCAUUUAUAGAGUCUCUUUUUGAUUUCAGCAUUGAUUUUGUUUAUGCGAAGUUUUCUGUUAUUUAAGUUAAGCUUAUAAAAUUAUUCGACUUUCUAGUCAUUUCCACCGUCAAGUGUAAUAAUUCUGUUAGCUUUUCUUUCUGGUUUCCUUGUUUUCUUUCUCCGUCUUCUUUAAGGACCAAAUAGCCUCUUUUCAAUCAAAACAAAUCCUUGUGUUUUUAAACUGAGUGUUCCGUGUGUAUAAUUUUUUCAUUGCGUGAUUGCGAUCGAGCUUGAUUAUAGUCGAACCUCCUCUUAGUAACGGCUACCUUUCCACAACGGCCACUUAAUGUUGUCCCAGCAGACAGGCCAUACAUUGACUCUUAUUUAAACCUCUCUACGACGACAACAGCCACUAAAGCGUGUGCCCAACUGCCAAAAUAACCUCGACAACAGCCAAUGUUUUCAGCGACUGCAUGGUGAAAAAGUCAAGAAUGGGUAUGAAAUUUGAUCCGUGUGGCGCGUUGACCACGGCAAUCGCGUUUUGAUUACUGUCUCUGCUGCUGCAGUAAGCAUAGCAAAUGUUGCGAACCUUUCUUUUUUUGUCAUGUUACCAUUUUGAUUCAAAACAUAAUUCAAGUUUUUUGUGAAUUUUAUCUCUAUAUAUUAUUUAAGAUUGGAUAAGUACCAUUAUGGGAGACAGUAAGCAUGAACUUGCAGUAGCACAAUAAAUAUGUAUUACCCCCGAGCCCCCGAAAAUAAAAUUGUCACAUUACACCCCUAUUUCCCCGGUACGGUGAGAGGGGUUUGACUGUAUAGUCUCUUCCAGGCUGGCUCUCAGAUAGUAGGGAAGACGCGAAAUUGAAAGGCACGCGAAAAGUUGGCGGAGCGGGAAAAAGGAAGCCGCCGCACUUCCUCUCCCCAGUUUACUCUCGUAUUUUUUUAUCUUCGCGCUUUCUCAAUUCAGCGGACCCGACAAUCUCGCAGCCUGGAACAGGCUAGUUUGAUUAUUGAAUCACAACCGGUUCAGAAUGCUGCAUGUAGUUGACAGUUAGACGUUUAAAUAUGAAUUACGAUCGCAAAGAGUAACGCAAUUCUAAACGAUUUCUUGGUUUGCCAGUUGAAAAUCGUGUUUUACUUUUUGCAUGAAUUGAAGGAAAAGAAGUCAGUGAUGUCACUGGACUGCAUUAACGACCGGUUUAUUCAGACAUUACUUAGAGAAAAAACGUUCGAAGUAAUCGUCUGAAAUUCAGGCUAUAUUAAUAGCCAUUACACGACACAUCGACACCGAACUAGCCAGUUGUAAUUAGCAGUGCUCCUGUUCCCAGCAAGAAUUAAGACAGUGAAAGGGGUGCAUCAGAAUUUAGGUGUUCGAUGGCGAACUUGAGAUUCCUAUCCGUCGCUAGAGGCACCUACGGCCCCUAAUAAACUGCUUUAACUACAUUGUACGGAAUUGUUCGGCUGAAAAAAAUUGCUUCCAAAAUUAUUCUGGAAACGGUGUUUUCCGUCCAAAUUUUGUCCGUCAUUUGAGCAGGAAUGAAGGUACCUUCAAUAGGUCCUUUGCAGCAGGGAAUCAUGUGAACCUGCUCAUGCCAAUUUAGAAUACAGUAGGACGUCACACAAAAACCUCAAUCAAACAUAACAAAAAUGUUUAUGACAACGAACUUCAACAGUAACUGAUAUUAUAGUUAAACCUUUGAAGUUGAUAUCCUGUUAUCGUUCUAAUCUUAGCUUAUUAUUUGUACUUGUUGUAACAGCUUCAAGAAGAAGAAGCUUACAUUCAGCGGCAAAAACUCCUGGAAGAUAUGCUCUCUCUUAAGGAGCGAGAAUCAGAAUUUGACUUGAGACAGCAGAUGAAAACAAAGUAGGCAAAGCACUAAAUUUCAGAUGAUCUUUGAUUGUUAUCAGCUAAGAUGAAAUCUUGCGAGCAGCGUUUUUGCCUUGGUUAUGAUCAGUCAAGUAGAAUUUCUUGUGCCGGUCAGAAGAAGACUUAAAUUAAUCGUGCAACGCUUGAAUGGAUUUUCCUGCAUUUUACAGGUGCGACAUAUCUUUGGUCUGAUUAAUGACUGUUCAGGGGAUUGUGGGUGUACCUUAAACUUUGCUGUGACUGAUUUCCGUUUAAUGAAACUUAACUUAAGUAUCUUGGUACUUUGGUAUAUGUAUGGUUCAUAUUUAUGGCAAUUCAUUGUAGGAGUUUGCAGCUUGAGGAAGAAGGGAUUAAGGUAUUGUCAGAGGAACUGAAAAUAAAGAAAUCUCUUCUGGAAGAUGCAGAGACUAACUAUCAUAGACGACUGGACGAAGAAGUUAAAAGGUAAUUAACUUCUUCAUGCAAUACCUUUUGCUUAAGGUGGCUCCGUCAUUAAUACAGGCGCAUUAAGCUGUGACGAAGUUUUCGUCAUAACUUUUUCGUUUUUAACGCGAUGGCUGCGAAACUUUGCAAAGAACAAGAUAUCAUUCGGCAAUAAUACGAAAUAUUCCGAUUUCAUUGACGGUAAAUAUAUUUUGCUAAAUUAGCGCUUAAAAGGACGCUACUGUUCAAAGAAAAUCGCGUCUAGUAAAAAAAUUUGUUGAUAUUUUUUACUGAAAUUUCUGGUAUCGACUUUAAUUGAUAUAAUAAAUGUGCGACAGGAAUUUCGGAAAAAUCGUUGGAGCCGAAGUUUGUAACUAAAAGUUGCUGAUAAUUCAGCUGUGAAAUUGUUUUGGAAUUUCAAAAAUAAAUUACUAUCAGGUGGAAGGAGCCACCAGUUCGAAUUUUCGGGACAAGUAAAUACAAAGUUUGCUAGUUCUUAAAACAAAAGCCGAUCAUGCUAUUCUUUAAAACGUAGUUUUUAGUUUUAGAAGCACUAUAAAUUGCUUCAAACCUUGCUCCGAAGUAGAAUGACUUGUUCCUCGACAUUUUUAAAAUAUCCCUUGGCAGUUUUGGCUUGCUGCAUACAUUUUGAUGUAUUGCAAUACACAUUCAACGAUUUUUACUGCUGUUCGUUGCUCCCAUCUCAGGAAAAAGGUAUUGAGAAUGGACGCUACCUCGUAUCGAAGCUCAGAUAGAACUGUCCAGCACCUUUGUUUGUGACUACAAAAUGAGCACGAGUGGAAGUUCUGCGAAGAAUUCGCACCUCACCCAGGGGGGACGAACGACAAUGAUGCCCAUGCCUGUGAACCGAAUACAUUACAGUGUAAAAUAAAAUUAUCGCAAAAAUACUGCCCGAGAAUAACUUUACAACUCUGAAAUUUUUGUCACUCCUUCCUUCAAUGAAUGAGUAGUAUUUUUCUUGAUUAUUAUGUUUUGCUCUGCAAGAUCGGAUCGCUGGCAUGGGCAUCAUCGUUCGUCCCCCCUAGCUGAGGUGCGAAUUCCUCGCAGAGCUGCCGCUCGUGCUCAUUCUCUGGUCAUAAACAAAUGUGCUGGACAGUUCUAUAUGAGCCUCGAUACAAGGUAGCUUACAAUCCCAAUGCCUUUUUCCUGAAUUGGAAGCAACGUACAGCAGGAAAAGCCGUUGAGGAUGCAUUGCAAUACCUCAAAAUGUAUGAAGCAGGAGUUUGAGCCAAAACUACUAAGGGAUAUUUUGAAAAUGUCGUGGAACAAGUCAUUCGACGUCAGAGCAAGGUUUGGAGCAAUUUAUAGUGCUUCUAAAACUAAAAAGUACCUUUUAAAGAAUAGCACGAUGGGAAAUCAGCUUUUGUUUUCAGAAUUAGCAAACAUUGAAAUUAUUUGCAUGUCCCGAAAAUUCGAACUGGUUGCUCCUUCUACCUGAUAGUAAUAUAUUUCUGAAAUUCCAUAAUUUUCACAGUUACGGACUUCUGCUCCAACGAUUUUUCUGAAAUUUCUCUGGUUUAUUUAUUACAUCAAAAAAAGCCGAUACCACAAAUUUCAGUAAAAAAUAUCAGCAAAAUUUUUUCUAGACGCUAUUUUUUGGAACAGUAGGAUCCUUUUAAACGCUAACUUCUCAAGAAAUAUUUUCCAUCAAUGAAAUCGGAAUAUUUCAUAUUAUUACCGAAUGGCUUCUGUUGUUCUUUGCAAAGUUUUGCAGCCAUCGCGUUAAAAACGAAAACGUUAUGACGGAAAAUUUGUCACAGUUAAGUGCCCCAGUAUUAAUGAUGGAGCCACCUUAACAGUGUCAACUGAAAUUGUUCAUUUUUGCUUGUCUAGUUUUACAGCGCCACUGUACUUACUCCAGUGACUGCUGUCUGAUGACAGGUCAGUAAACAUCAGGUCGUUUCCCAGUGAAACAUUACCGCCAGGUUCUGUUGUUCUUGUGCGGUGCCUACUUUGUUAAAACGGCAUUGGGUCUUGUCGUAAGGCGGCCUUUGCCGGUUCUUAGUUUGUUGAGUACGCUUUUUCUGGGAGAACAACAGUUACAAAAAGAUAAGGUGACUGCAACAACUUGAAACAUGUUGUAGUAAGUACACAACUAGAAAUGAUAGUCUGCUACUAUUUCACUCCCAUGGCUAACCAUUUUACUCACAGGUAUCAACUAAAAUAUGAAGGAGAAUCACGCGAAAGAAAGAGAAGUCUAGAGCUCAAAGAAAAACAGUUUCAACGUAAGUAUGAAAUAGCUUAUCGUACCAUCUACAUCGAUACAGAUGGCCUUCAAGUAACUAAAGCCUUUUCAUGAAUCUAACGGUGCUGACUCCGAUCUUAUCGCGGUCUGGUUGAUCACUGACGUGAACGUUCACAUAAACAGCAUGACCUAUCAGAAUUUUUUUGGUGGGGGCUGGGUUUCCUAGGUCUGAAUUUUCCAAAUUUGGGGCGCGGGGGAGGGGGUGGUCUGAGUUUCCUAGUCAGAUUUGGAGGGUCUGAGCUUUCUAGUAGUCUUAGUUUUCCAGCUUUGGGGCGGGGAGGGGGGCGGUGGUCUGAGUUUCCUAGUCAGAUUUGGAGGGUCUGAGCUUUCUAGUAGUCUUAGUUUUCCAGAUUUGGGGCGGGGAGGGGGGCGGUGGUCUGAGUUUCCUAGUCAGAUUUGUAGGGGUCUGAGCUUUCUAGGUGUCUUAGUUUUCCAGAUUUGAGGCUCGACAGCGAGUGAGGAAGUGACUUCACUGACAAAAUCCUAACUGCCAAGGUCACCUUCAUGUUACCAUUCUUAUCCUGUAAUUCUCUUUUGUGCUGGUCAACGUGAGUGAAAAGACAUCUUUGAUCCGUGAUUAUUUUCUGUUGUAGAAGAGAGAGAAAAUUUUGAAAGUGAGAGAAGUAAUUGUUCCACUGCUUCCCACGAGUUACAAAGAACCAAAGAAACGUUAAAAGUGUUACAGGUGUGUUUUACUUGAAUUUUUAAAAAAACUAAGUCAGAAGAUGGUGGUAAUUCUCUAAAGUUUCUAAUUAUAUUUGUUCCAUUCCAUGAUGUUCAAAAGGAAUGGCCACGAUUGACAUUCCCUGAAGAGAAUCGUGUGUGAUAAUGUUGUUGCGACAGUUCAACCGUCCGUCCUUGCACUUCAGUCUCUUUUAUAGACUUCAGGCCUUUGUGUUACUGUGAGCUACUGAAGUUUUGUCAUUUUCUUAAUUUUGUCUUUCACUCAGGUUGAACUUCAAAACAAUAAAUCUCAGUUUACGAGCGCUCUAAAGGAAAAAGAAGCCACGAUUAAAAGGUUAAAUGAGGUAAUGAUGUAGAGAAUUUAUUUUGUUUGUAUUUCCCAAGACCGGAAAUCGAGUAAGGAACUGGUCACAUGUAGUUACCAAUAACAAAACUUUAACGGCAUGGCGUGUGAACAGGUAAGCACAAUAUUUAGCCCACCGAUUGGUUAGUGCAGGUACAGUUGUUUUUUUGAGGAGACUGUCACUGUCCUGUUCUCUUUUAUGACCGUUAGCAGCAGGUGAAGUGAGUUGUUAUUCGGUUUCUAUUAAAGGAUUACAAGGAUGUAAAGGAAAGAGAGGUGGCCCUUUGCGAGCAGAACGCCUCAUUACAAAGGUUAGACGUAGACCUUAUCUUCCUCUUUUCUAAUGCAGGAAUCCUUUCUUUACUUACCGUGUUAAAUCGAACGCAACUUUGCAUCUUUUUUUCUCUCGGCUAGAAAGUUGAUCAGUUAUGAAGAGGAACUGAAAGGUAUUGGGAAUGACGUUUUUAUGAUACGUGUUGUUACCAAACAUCAACAACAACUUUUGUAUGCAGGAGUUGAAUAGCUUGCCCUGCAAAUAGCUGGAAAGCUAUAGCCGUGGCACUAAAAACAAAAAUAUUAAACUAUUACAAAGCCUUUCAGAUUGCAACUUAGAAUAAAUAAAAGAAGUUCAGUGAUCUAAUUAACUACACAGCACUUACUGACAUACUUAAUUUACUAAUAUAACAAUGCACUAAGAUAGGGAGUCACUGACUCUCAAAGAUGAAUAACGAAGAAGAGAAAAAGCAGACAUUUAAACGUUUAACAAGUGUAUCUAUCUACAUAAACCGAUUUUUAAAUAGUCAUGGGGAUUUGAAUAUAGUCAUGUUCUUUUUCUAAGAUAUCAAAUAGCAAUUGUUACCUUUCUGUGAAAUUUAUUUUGCGAUGUUGUUUAUAACUUUGUUUUAAGGAAACCAGCGAACAAUCAAGGAACUAACAGAUAAGUCAUCGAAGUCAUCAACAGACCUGGUAAGGAUUUUGUAUCGUUUGAAGUCAAUUUAUCACCACCGCCAUCAUAGUAUUUAUUUGAUUGAGCAGGCUAUAUAUAUAAAGCAGCUUGAAACCUGAUGUAGUUCUCGUUAGCUAUACAAGUCCUUGUUGUGCUGUAUAAUACACAAGUAAUAUUAUAGAUUCCUAUUCUUAUUAUAGAUUAUAGAAGUCGAGCUCUAUACUAUGUUCGCUUGUUGAAUACCUUUGUUUUAAAAUGUUAAACUAGUUGAAUCAAGUUAGGAACAUAAAGUAUUUACUCACGAUCACGUUGGUUGUGGUAGGCUGUUAAAGUAAUUUGUUCUUACCUUUAAAUCUGUUAUAUUAGCUACAUUUGCGGGAUAAAUUUAAACAGAUGGAAAAAAACAGCAAAUCGAAAGAAGUGUCAUGGAAAGAGUUGCAAAAGAGGAUUGAAUUCCAGCUGAAUGAUGAGGUAUGAAAGCUGCUUCAGAGGCAAUAGGCCCGCAUUCCCAGUUCCAAAAACCCUCGCUUCCAAUGUUUUCCUGGCUUCGUGUUCUUGAAGGCUUUUAUUUUCGAGCGUUCUGUUAACCAAAUGACCGAAAAGUAUUUUAAACUCCUCAAAACAAAGAAUUUUACGACUGAAGGCUGCCUUUGUUGCUAGGGUCAAUUUAGUAACAGCAGAAAGUUUAGAACUGGUACAGAAGCCCACGAAAAAAAUGUUAGCCUACAGUGCUUCGAAAGAAACCAGUAAUCAGAGAGAAUAGCUGUGUACACUUUUUGUUUUUUAGUAUUUACUUUCUUUUCUUGUUAGGAUAGGCUUGGGUCACGACUUGCGUAUUCUUUGAGACAAGUUACCGUAAAAUUCCGAAAAUAAGCCUUUUCAUGUAUAAGCCCCUCCAAAUAUAUAAGCUCCCCAAACCAGUAACCGAAAAAACCCUCCGUUAAAUCGCCCCUCCAAAUAUAAGCCCCCAAGGGUUGUACUUGGAAAAUUGCCCUCAAUUACAAAGUAAAACGGUAAAUUUACUUCCAACUAUAAGGCUAGCCCAAUCGAUUUUGAAACGCAAAUUUCCCUCCGUAGAUAAGCCCCUCCGAAUAUAAGCCCCUCAAAAAACAAGUACACUGUAAAUCAGAUAUAUCUGUUUUGUUUUGCCUUUUGAUUGGGCUGUUUUGGCCACCCUGCGUAGCAGGCGCUUGGAAGUAACGGGCGCAAGAAAGAACAGGGCGUGUCUCCCUCGGGCGCCCCGUUCUUUCUUGCACCCAUUUCUUCCUAGCGCCUGCUAGUUUUGGCUUAAAUUGUGCUCAAAUGGUUCCAGAAGGGGCUGAAUCAGAUUUUUGCCUUCAGGGCUGAGUUGUCACUUUGGGGCUGAAACAGAUCUUUUUGAUUUUCAGUGUAUCAUGCACACUUUACUUCUAGGACAGAAAGAGAUAUAGAUUGAUGUUUUGAAAAAGGAAUUAAGCAACACAGCUUGAUUAAUAUUCAGGGUGGACACUAAAUUUGAGCUGGAGUAACCAAAAAUUAAGGUCGAAGAAUUGACACAGUUGUUUUGAAAUAAAUUCAGUGUUUCGCACUUCUGUACACUUUUUUCCCCGACUUAUCACGCGCUUAAAACAUGGUUCGAGUUAUCGAGGGUAAAACUGUAUAGAAGUUAUUUGAAGGGAAUGAAAAAUUACUUCGAGUUAGCGGGGGCUUCGAGUUAUCGAGGGUUUGAGUUAUCAAGGGUAAUAUAACAAUAAAUUGUGGGGGUGUGUUGGAGCAACUUGCUCGCUACACGAUGAGGUACUAGGAAUAUGAUUUACAUCUUGGUCUUUAUUCUUCUUUGACUUCUGCUGACAAUCUUAAUCUUCUUACUCUUCUUCUCUACUCAAUCUUAACUCUUCUAACUAACUAGCCAAACAGCCGCCGUUUUUAUGUCUAGAGGUGGUCAUGUUUGGGUUAGCUGACCGUGGGAAUCAAAAUCAAGGUGAACUCGGUGUGGGUAAUGUUUUGGUAUAACUGAACCUACACGGUUGUAAUCGGCAAGAAGCUACAAACCAAUGAAGAACUAAAACGCUGUUUAUCAAACCCAAACAGGAACUUUAACGAGACCAAUGAACCAAGGUCAGUUCUAACAUCACAAACACGACCACCUAUGAAAAAUUGACAUUGUCAGGCGAACAAGAUUCCUAAAAUCUGAUUAAGUAAUGGCUCAGUCAAUUCCAAGCGUGCCCAUCUCCCCUGGGCAUUUGUCGGGCAUUUGUCGUUUUGUUUUGGAAAAGCUGCAAAUGCCCCACGGUGGGGCAGGGCCUUCACACAAAAACCCCACGGUGGGGCUUGAAAAUAGGGUGCAAAUGUCACACCCCGGGACACCACCAAAAUUGUAUUUUCCAGUAAAUAAGCUGCAAAUACCAUAUUUAUGGGAAAUUUCUAAUAAUCUGAUCAAAACGCGUGAAGCGCCCUACGCAAAUCGCUCCUGCUCGCUAGUGAUAAUUAUUGCAAAAAAGAUCACAUCCAACGGAUUAAUAUCAAUGACAGAUCUAUAAACUAGAAUUUUAAUGAUACAUUUCUUAUUUUCGAAGACGUUUAAUGUGGUGAAUGAUAAACAACCGGUAAGCGAGUAUUUUCUCAUCACGAUGGAACCGUUUCGUCAGUGCGUUAAUUGUCGCAUUCAUCGUACAAUACACGAUUGAAGUUUAUAGUACAUAGUGUAGCUUUCGAAUAUCUCGCAAAGGUUUUCUAAGCCUUUCUGCCUGAACCAUUCAAGCACAACGAGUGUCUUUUCCUUUAAACUCUUCAAACGAUACAUUGCUUGUUUUUCCUCCAUGUGCAAAAUGGUCACGAUGGCGGGAAGCAUUUUCUUAGACAGAUGCAAAAAAUACUGUGGGAUAUAUAGGGAAUUGAUGGAACAAAAACCACACUUAUCUCUUUAAAGCAUAAUUGUUAAAAAUAUUCUUCAUAGAAAUAUGUUAAGCUAUCUAAAUAGGCAUAUUUUUAAGUGAAAUGUUGAAAAAGGAACGGCGUUAACUGCUUCGAGAAGAAUUUACAAAUGCCCCACCCCCGGGCAGAGGUUUUCUGACAAAUUCUCCACCGCCGGGAUCGACAAGAUAGGGAACUUUAGCAACGACGACGGCGACGGCAGCGAGAACUUCAAAAAAGCAAUUGGUUUGAUAAGCAAAACAGCAACUUUGUACGUGCAGCUCACUUUUCGGUACAUUUCUUUGCCGUCACUGCACGACUAGGACGUGAAAAUCACUAAUUUCACGUUUUAUGGAGGACGUAAUCAAGCGACAACGAAUUUUUUCUUUCUCUUUUAAAACUUGAGUGUGGUCCCCAAGAAAUCAACUCCACGGAAAUUCGCCUACAUUUGACAUUUUCAGCAAUUUGGACUAAACGCAACAAAGUUUGACAAAACGUGGAUUCAUUUUAAAGUGACGUUUUCGCUGCAGUUGCCGUCGUUGAUGCUAAAACUCUCUGAUGACAAAUGCCCGGGGGGAAUGGGCACGCAUGAAAUUGACUGAGCCAUAAAUUCGCGAGCUAAGCAAAAAUUCAAGUACAAAAUAAAAGAAAAUGAUGAAAACAGGAAGAUUCCUAUGCGGACGAAAUCCAAACUAACCUUGGCCCGCUUAAUGAAACUUAAAAGAUGGGACAGAUCUUAUAAUAACUUUCAAAAUACUUCACAACAUACCUCCCCCGUUAUGAAAGCAUCGUCCUCGAUGCAAAAGGACGUAAUACGUAUAAACUAGAAAUACGGGGUCGAACGCAACUAGUUAAGCAAAGCUAAGUAAGUACUAAGUUAAUCGUAAAGUACGUUUCAAAGCAAGACUAUCACACUACACGAUAUUAAUGAAACAUACAAUGUCAAGAGUUCACUGUACAAUGACUAAUGUUCAAUACAAUAUUCUUGAAUCUUGCGACUUGGAAACUGGAGCUAAAUAAAUUGAUGACAGUGUUCUUGUGAACUACUUGACAAGCGAACCACUUGUAAACGUUUAGAAUAUUAGCAUAGAUUAUCUUUUAGUGGCGUACAGGACGAUUGCUAUUAAUGCAAAUUCAACUGGAAGAUAGCACAGAAUUAAGGAAGUAUGAAGGCAGUCCAGGGAAAAUCGACUUAGGUCCGAGUUUGCUCGAGGUUCGAGUUAGCGAGGAUUCGAGUUAUCGGGAGUAAACUGCAUAUGUAAAGUAGACAUCAGAUUCGUAUACUUUAAAUUAUGUGAAAUAAAACAUAUAGGCCAGUAGGGAUUCAUUUACAGACAUUUUUCCUCAGUGCCAAAGAAAAAAGAAGUAUCAGGAACUUUAUGAAGGCCUACUGACAAGAGAGUCUUUAUUGAAGCAAGAGGUGACCGAUUUGAAACUCACAUUACAUCAAACUCAGCAAGGUAGUUUGAUUGUCAAAUAAAUGGUUGUUCAUUUAGGGCCUGUUUAUGUGGAGGUGGGGCACCCCAAGUAGAUGGGGUAACCCGUUCAAGAGGGGUAAAAAAACCUCGAUGGCAACAUUUUACCCCCGCUGAGAGGAUAACCCGGUCUGACAGAACGUGGCCGGAACCUGCCUCGGUGGGGCACCACACCUAUUAUGUCAACGUCGUGAAUUGUAAUACCUGUUACAGUAAAUUGUAAUAACAGUUGUCGACAAUUGUUAUUAUUAAGGUACCGUAAAUUGUAAUAUCGCGUUGUCGUAAAGGGCUAAGGGGGGGGGGGGGGUAGGGACAAUUCGAAACGCCUUAAUAAUACAUCGCACAAAUGACCUCAGCGUGACUAAUUUGCAAUGUUUGUGUGACUUUUGCCUUUUUUUAUUUUGAUGACAAAAGUCGCGACAAACAAGAAAUCAAGUGGCACGAGUACGAGAGUGAGCAAUGAAGUAUUUCUUCAACACAUUUAUGAUGUCACUGAUGACGUCAUUUUACAAUGUAACAUGAAUUAUCAGUUAUCAACACGAAAACGUCCCUAUGCCAUGGUGUUCCCCAGCCCCCGUGGGAACUAAAUUAAAAGAAGAUUAGAUAAUAUAGCCAAGAAUAAGGCGCCACUGUGAUAUUUUGCUUAGUGCUCACCAAAUUCUUGAGAGUGCGAUGAAUUACAGGAAGGAAAAAAUAUCAAUCGAGCUUUAAACCAUUAGAGCUAUUAAGUGCAAAGAGGUGUUAGAUUUUUGUGUUAUACAAAAGUGUCCGUUCGUCUUGUGUAUCAUUCGUGUAAAUAACGGGCAAGGUAAACACAAACCUGGUUAUUCAUGAUACUAUUCCUCGUAGCUCAAAAAGUCGACGAACAGAAGUAAACGGCUAGCAUAUUGUUCAAAUAUUUUGGGAAAAAUAAAUCUUGUCACACUCUCACACGGUUAAGUGGUUUUCCCUACACAUUUUUUUAUAAUUUUCAAACUGUCGUUAAAUCUGUCCUUAAGCACUAAGGGGGCCUAAAUUUUCUAGGCCAUUUCCGGGUGGCCCCAAGCCUCUGUUUCAAAGCGAGGCUAAGUGCAAAGCCAGUCGCUUGAAAAAUAAUGAUUUAUUCUUCUGAUGAAAAUCAAACACUUAUCUUCGUUUUGAAAGUUAGGGUUUCUGGAACUUGGAAAUAACCAAUUGAGCAAUGAGCUUUUGAGGAGCUGCAUUGUAGGAUUCCUGUCGAAUCCUAAAAAAUAAGAACAAUCUUAGUUAUCUAAAAGCGUUCUUGGUAAAUUAUUGUUUAUUUUCAAGACUUAUUGCAAAAUAUUACAAUUCUGGACAGCUCGGCUUAUUACAAUUUACGAAAACUUGGUUAUUACAAUUCUCGACAACUGUUAUUACCUUUUGCGACAGGUAUUACAAUUCACGACAUUAUCAGAAUUCGCGACAGAACAAACGUGAUUAAAUUAAUGAGAUUAUAUAUGGACAGUACCUACCUGGGGUAUCCACCUCCAUGUAAACAGGCACGUGGUUGUCAACUUGACAUCUUAUUUUUAGAGGUGGAAUUUACGUCUCUAACAUCGAUAAUUAUCUUUCUACAGUGCUCGACAUGGAGUUAGAUAGGAGAAGAACCACCUUGAUUAAUUCAUUCCCUCAGUAAGUGCUAAAUCAUCUUGUUGCCUUCAUUUUACUUAUGGUAUAUAUUGAUAUAAACACUUGUAAUUUUUUAUCUCCUUUACCACAUCGGUACUAAAGUAUGGAAACAUUACCUAGUGUUGAUGAUUCACCUGUGGAUACACAGUUGCACCAGCACGAGAGCCACAGGACGCCAUCCGAGAGCAAAAUGGAUGAAACUAGUAGCACUUUGGUCAUGAUAGCUCAGAGCAAAGCACUUUUUGAUCGCCUCGAAAUGGAAGCUAAGGUUGGUAACAAAUCUGCCUUCUCUUUACGAGUGAUUAACAAAAUCCGACGAACAGGUAGCAAGCAGGAGUCUGGGGAGGUGGUACCAGCAGGGAAGCUGGGAAGGCAGAGCUGAGGAAGUGUCUUGAACAGAGGUCACGGGAGGUACAAGACUAAAACAUUCAAAGAGACAAGGACGGGAGCCUAAUUAUCAAAGACUGUGAUAUUUGCAAUUUGUAUGCUGUGUCUAAUGCCACCCGUUAAUUAUUUUUUAGUUGUUUUUGUGCCGAGUAUCAGUGAAGUUCAGGUGAUUACUUUAUCGGUAUUAUACCUUUGUAAAUUUGACCUCGCAAGUACUGUCGUGAGAUUCGGCAUAGAUUCGUGUUUUGAAACUUUUCUCGCGAUUUUUUCGCAGCACAGGUUUGCAUAAAAAUUUCGUCAAAUAGGAAAUACCCCUUAAGCGAACGUUUCCAGCAACAAUUUUUGUAGCAACAAGCUUUGUUAAAAGAACCAAGUGUCACUCUUUGUAAUGAUUACUGAGACGUAAACUUAGCAAGUCUCAUUUGUUUAAGAGGGAGUCACACAAAGCAACAUUUCCCUGAUGCAACUUGCCUCGCAGUGUCACAACAAAAUGACAAGAAACGUUGCAUAAAACAGUUUUAGUGGACGUGUUGUACUGCUUAGAAAUUACUGGCUUUGUUUCUUGGACCCACUGCAAACACAAAAUUUGUUAAUAUUGCAGGAAUUGGAGGAGUCUUAUCAGAAGUUUCAGUCCCGAAUCAAUCAGAUGGAACUAGACGUGUAUCCCACUGGCUCAGCGCAUUCACAGCCUGCUCAAAAUCUUACUUCGAUUGAAUAAAUGUAACUUUCUGAAACCAUUUUGCCCUUUCA